AUGGGUGCGUGCAAGAGCAAGUCCCGGGCGAAGCGCCCGGAGGAGCCUCCUCCUGCAGCAGCAGCAGCAGCAGCAGCAGCUGCUGCUUCCCUCAAGGAGGAGGAGGCCUCUCCCGCCCCCUCCUCUUCCGCAGCAGCAGCAGCAGAGCCCAUCCCCGCCUCCUCCCCAGCAGCAGCAGCAGCAGCAGCAGCAGCAGCAGCAGCAGCAGGAGCCUCCCGCGGCAGCAGCAGCAACGGCUCCCCCGCUCCCUCGGCUGCAGCAGGCGCUGCAGCAGCGAGUUUGGCUCAUGAGGAGCUGGUUCUUGGCCCAUCCGAAUCCUCCGCAGCAGCAGCAGCGCAGCAGCAGCAGCAGCAGCAGCAGCUGGUGGCGCGCCCCGCAAUAACAUUAGCAAAUGGAGUGACUUACGCGGGCCAGUGGCUCGGCAGCCUCAAGCACGGCUACGGCGUGCAAGAGUGGCCCGACGGGGCCCGCUACGUGGGCGAGUGGGCCUUCGGCUGCGCCGAAGGCCACGGUGUCUUUACACAUGCCGACGGGGACUUCUACGACGGGGAGUGGCGCGGAGACAAAGCUGAGGGGUUUGGAGUGUACAGACACUCGGACGGGAGCGAGUACAGGGGGGGGUGGAAGGCGGACAAGAAGCACGGCGUCGCUCGCGAGCGAUGGGCGGACGGGUCGCACUUCGAGGGGACUUACAAGGAGGGCAAGAAGGAGGGAAAAGGGACUUUCACUUGGCCAGAAGGCUCCAGAUAUUGCGGAGACUUCAAGGGAAAUGCCAUAGAAGGCCAAGGCCGAUAUGUGUGGGCUGAUGGGCGGAGUUACAGGGGGCAGUGGCGGGCCAACCGCAUGCAAGGCUUUGGGGCUUUUACUUGGCCGGAUGGGAGAAGAUGGAAGGACUUUCGAGGGGAGGUGGAGGGGCGGGAAGCAGCACGGAGUCGGGAAGUUCACAGCCCGCAGCGGGGAGGCCAGGC